GUUCGGUAGAUUUAUUAUCAUCGAAAUCUCCGAGGUCAUCAUCAAUUGAUUCUCCAACACGAAUAACAUAUGGAUCCUCAACUCGUACAUCCUUCGGUUCACCUCCCAGAUCUAAACUUGAAUCAUCUGAAAUCAUUAGUUCGAUAGAUGAGGCUAACGAAUCUUCACGGGUGAUCGAAGUUAUUUCAAUCAAUUCGCUUAUCUCCACCUCAGAACCUCAGUCUGUUGAUACACAGAAGAAUUCAAAUGCUGAUGGGUUAUCCGCGGGAUCUAACGUGACUAAUAAGAAAUCUGGUGAGGAAUGUGGAAGUCCCGUAUCACCGACUAAAGCUUUACACGUUAUUGAAGGAGAAACUAGAGCAAGUAUAAUCGGACAGUUGUAUACGCAAGAGAAGCCCAGUGCAGCAUCACCUAUCAUUGAAAAUAAGGAAAUUAAUGAAAUAAUGUCAGAAAAUAGUUUAGGUGUUGGAAUAACAACUGAAAACGAGGGCCCAACAAUCGAGGAAGAAAAUUCGGAAAUUCAAGAUAGCCCGAAAGAGGAAUCUAACAUGAAGGAACUUUCCAAGGAGAAAGAGAAAGCACCCUUGUUGCGGCCGAAGCCAAAAGCAUUAAAAUCAGAUCCGUUGCCAACAAACAAUGAAUUAUCUGAUUCAUCUUUGAUCGAUGAAUACGAAAAAGUCCCUAAACAUUUAACUGACCCAGUCGUGAAGGAAGUAGAAGAAACAGAGGAGAAAGAUGGUUUGCAAAAGACUCCAGGACGGAUUAAUGUUAAGGAUUUUUUCAAGGAAAAGGGCGACACGCAACCACCUCGCCCGAAGCCGGAGCCGCCACGCAAAAAGACCUCUCUGCUUACCGCAAUGUUCGAGGAUGCAGAUAAGAAGCAUGGAAGUGAGGGAUCAACCAAAUCUUUAUUUAAUAAAAACGUAAACUCCGUGGUACAAGCGACCACAACCACCGUAGUAGAGACGGUAGCGAAGGUUAGUGAGGAGGGAGCCGAAACUACUAAAUUGGAGGUGGAAAAGACUAACAUCGCAAUAACCGUUGGCGAUAUUGAAAAUGAGAAACCUGAGAUAGAUGUGCAUAAGAAAGGGGAUCUGCCGAAAACUUCGGGAAGAUUAAAUGUUAAAGAAUUUGUCAAGGCAAGAAAGGGAAAAGAAAGUAAACCAUCUACACCGUUAAAGUCCGAACCACAACGAAAAAAAAUAUCCCUUGUAGGUACUGUUUUUGAGGAUUUGCAGAAAAAAAACGAAUCCAAUUUAGAUAAAUCGUCAAAAUCACCAAUUGCGCUCACGGGCAAAAAGAUUGAUGAUAAUCACUCGUCGACCACCAUUACUACAACCACCACCGCAACUGUUUCUAAUGUUAGCACAGUUUUAGCGUCAAAGAAUCCUGGUGAGGAGAAUUUAAAGGGAAAGGGAGUUACAGAUACUUUGGACACAAAAAAGUCUCAAAUAAACACGAGUGGUAGUGAAAGUGCAGCAAAACCACAAGUUAAUAAAAAGGUUGUACUUGAUAGAUUACCUUGGAUGACACAGAAAUCAGAUGAUACCAAACCAACUUCUGCAAAUCCUUCGAAAGGUCCGGUUCCACGUAAAUUGGCAUCUUCGUUCCUUACCUCAGCCUCUACUACUAGCACUACCGCCGAACAGUCCAAGCCAAGAGUACCUUCUAAGUUAGAUGGUUCGAUUUCGCAAAGGCUAGAAGGUGUCUUCGGAGGUAAAGUGCCAUUGCCUGGAAUGGGACGUGGAACAAUGGGACUUGGUGGAAGGAAAGUGAGCCUGAGCGGAGAAGAAAGUAGUGAUGUUGGGCGAGUAAAAGUUAUGAUAGGAGCUAGAGAUGAGACCGGUUCAAAGGAUGGCAAGGAUGAAACAUCCAAAUCCGAAGAGGUGACGAGUACUCCAUCGACGUCGCUCAAACCUUUGAAUCAUGUGACGAAGGAAAGGCCGAGACCACCUGGCAGAUCGCGACCACCUACGAGACCGACAAAGACCGUAAGUAAUGAAGAUAAAGAAAACAAGAAAAUGGAUUUAACUGAAAGCAAAGAUGAAAAAGUAGCGGAAUAUGUGGGAGAUACAGAUUGUGAAUCGACGGAGAAGACAAAUGAGCAGACGCUAGAAACCAUCAAAAUUAAAGAAACAUCGGAAGAGACAUCAGUAGGUGAAACAAGUAAAAAAGUUGAUGGUAAAGAUUAG